AUGACCGUAUACAGGGUUGUAUGCGAGAUAAUUGGGCAAACCUUGAGCAACACCUCAUUCUACACUUUGGGCCCGAUAAAAUACGUUGAUAACAUGGUGGUGUUAUUUGCUUGUACGAUAUUUAUGUACUUUGAGAAAAGGUUGUGCGGUGUUGUUAAGAGGAUUCAUUUUAGUCCGUUAUACUCGCACCAUAUUCUUACAGAUUAUAGGAAACGUCCACAAAAUCUUCAUGUAUUCACGCUUCAUAACUAUAACAGUUAUCUGCGUUCCGAUCAUUUUGGACUUGGAGACUUUGCCACAGCGGACUUUUUGUUUCUGCCAUUUGUGCACGAUGAUCAUUGGUGGUAUUAUUCAGUGAAAUUGAGGUCAUUGGAGAUUUUUGUGAUUGACUCAUUGGGUAAAGGGAUCAAAGACCGCAAAAGGAUAGACACAGCUGUUGCUGAAAAUAUGGCACGGUUUUUUUGCAUCUUGAUGAAUACACCGGAAGGUAGUAUUGGUCCUUUGACUGUUAAACAAGCAAAUAUCCCAUCCCAACCAAACUUACAUGAUUGUGGAGUCAUAAUGUUGAAAGCAAUGGAAAUCUGGGAUGGAGACAAAAAAUACGACGGGAAAAGCAUGCCUCAAUAUACAACUGAGGAGCUGCUUGGGAUUAGAAAGAAAUAUGUGUGUGACUGGAUCCUGGACAACGAGAACAUAACAAGAAUGGAAGCCCUACAGCUAUACGGCAUUGUUUAG